GCAAACAAAAUGCAACCGUGCGCCAACACCAACACCAAAAAAUUUUUAUUGGCAGGAAUAAAGUAAAAAUAAAGCAGGAUAUUCGAGUGCGCCGACCGCAGCGCAGCGAACCAAGAGCCCCAACUGAAUCGCGAGCGUGCACCGGACAGGACGAGGAUCCGCAGGCGGCGCGAUGAGUGUCCUGGCGUAUCCACGAACCAACGACGAGGAGAUUUUCCGUCACUGCACCAAGGACUGUGGCGUGGUGACGGCCACGGAGGACUUUCAGUACUUCGCCCUGCGAUGCAUCUUCUGCAGCGAGAAGUUCCUCUACUUCGACUCCUUCAUCGGGCACAUGCAGACGGUCCAUCUGGGCGACAAGUCCGUGGCGAAUCCCGCCUCCGCCUCCCGUCACUCCUUCAAUCUCGGCGACCCCAUGUCCCUGUCCAGUCGCAACGGGGAUCUGCCCAACUUUCACGAGAUCGAAGACUUAACGGACGCGGACACGGCUCUGCUGGAGCCGCAGAUGGUCAUCAAACAGGAGCUGCAAGAGCUGCCCUGCAGCGACGAUGAUGUGGUCGCCGAUGAGGAUGACGACGAUGAGCACCGUCUGCGCGAUUCCGAUGCCGGCGAGGACGACGAUGAGGCCAUACUGCCAGAGAACGAUGUACCGGUGGUCAGUUCCAAGCCGCGACCGCGCAAAAAGGUCACCAAGCAGCGCCAGAGGGACAUCUCCAGCGAGGCACUUAUCGCCGGCGACGGAGACUCCUCCUUGGACGACUACGGCGAUCCGGACAACAGCUACAUGGACGACAAUUCCGCGGAGUAUAUGGACUACGGCGGCUUCGAUGGCGUUACCCAAAGUGGCUUCGGACCCGAGUCGGACUUCCUCAGCUACGACGAGAUGGUGGAGGAGUCUCUGCUGGGGCGCGACCGGGAGGUUACGAUGCACAUCAAGGACCGCAAGAUGAUCCAGUUCCUCAUACACUCGUAUCAGCGCAACCCCUUUCUGUGGGACCACGGCAAUGCACAGUUUCGGGAUCGCGUAAAGCGCGCCCGCUUCCUCGACUGGAUUGUGCUGGAGUUCAAGAGCCGCUUUAACAUCUCGCUGGCCAAGGAUGCCAUCACCCGAAAAUGGGACAACCUGCGCACGGUGUACAAGCGGGAGUGCAAUCGCAUGGCUCUGGAGAAGACCAACAUCAGUACGCUGUGGUACUUCAAGGAGCUGCACUUCCUCAACGAGGUGUACAGCUACAACGACAAGAUGUCCGAUGCCGUUGUAAAGGAAACCUCCUAUCGUCGCCGCUUCUCGGCCAUAUGGAAUGACACCUCCACGGCAAAGCUGCUGAGCAUGGUGAAGCGGUACCAGUGCUUCUACAACCGCUUCGAUCCCGACUACCGCAGCAAGGAGCGGCGCGGCGAGGGACUCCACCAAAUGGCCAUCGAGCUGCAGCAGCUGAUCGACGUGACUACCAUUCAGAUCUCGAAACGCAUCUCCCAGCUGCGCUUCGAUUACUCCAAGCAGAAGAUGGAGCGCCUCAAUAGCGAGCGCCUGGGCAAAAAAUUCAUCGCGAACUAUAUCUACUACGAUCAGAUGCACUUCAUGGACGACGAUAUACCGCCGUUCAAGUGCCCACACUGUCCGGAUAUUGUGCAAACACUCAGGGAACUGGACCUCCACAUGCUCACCCACCAGCCCAGUUUGGGCGGCGGCUACUACUGCAACAUUUGCAGCAUUCAGUUCCACAACGCCGAGGAGUUCGAUAGCCACAAGCAGUUGCAUUUGGGCGGUGUUGCCGAGGUUAAGUUCAACUGCGAACUGUGCACGGCCAGUUUCCGGGAGAAGGCCAACUACGAUGAGCACCUGCGGCGGCAUAACGAGGAGCUCUUCCUGCCCUCACUGGCGCUCAAUCACAGCAUCAUGGAUGGCGGUGCCGGGGAUGAUGAGAUCGCAGCUGAAGGCGAGGAAUCUAGGGGCAGCGGCAGCCGUCGGAAAAGGACAGGCGGGGCAAAGGCAUCCAAGUCAUCCGAAGACAUGGUCGACGAUGAGGAUCCAAUGGGCGGAGGAGCAGAUGGUAGUAGCGUUGCCAAGCCCUAUGGAUGCGAGGUGUGCCGCCGCAGCUUUGCCACGCCGGGCCAUCUGAAUGCCCAUCGCAUUGUCCAUCAGGAUGAGCGGGAGCGGUGCUACAAAUGCGACUAUCCCCAGUGCAAUAAAUCGUUUGUGGCGCGCAACAGCCUGUUCGAGCACCUGAAGCAGCACUACAGCAACGAGGAGUUCAAGUGCGACAUCUGCGGCAAGACGUUCAAGUCGACCAAGAAUCUGCAGAACCACAAGCAGAUCCACGACAAGGUCAAGCGCUAUGUGUGCCAGAUCUGCGGAUCGGCGUUCGCCCAGGCGGCCGGUCUCUAUCUGCACAAGCGUCGCCACAAUCGACCCAAUGGAGCCGUCGGCGCUGUCGGGCGAUCGGGUCGUAGCAGUCUGUGAGAUAGGGAUUGGGAGAGGGACAAGGACAAGGACUGGCCCAGGGCCAAGAGCCGCGGUCGGGGGCGCGGACGUGGCCGUGGGCGUGGUCGCUAUGUCAAAUAGUUUUACGCGUAACUGAAACUGCAACUGUAACGUCUUUAAAUUGCCAGCAACCCAGGCAGCUUAGUUAGCUUUCUUAAUCCUACUUUAAGACUCACUCGAUGUUCAGCCCUAUUUGCAAUUCGAUUCGGUUGAAGCUUAGUCUUAAUUAAACAGUUUUUAACUCCACAAAACCAAAAGACUUCGCUUUCAACAAGUUUGAAGCCAUUUCCUCGUCCGCAUGUCAAAUUGAAAGUAUGUUUUAAACCUGGACAACAUAUGGUUAUCUAGGGUUUAAACCCCACUUUUAUUUUAGCAUAGUUCCUUGCAAUAUCAUAUUUAUACCUCUAAUCUGAUUCCGAAUCGAAAACGCGUAACAGGGUCUGUUGUAUUAUUUUGUUUAACAUUUUAGUUCCAUGGUAACCUAUAUUUAAUUGUAUUUUAUAUGCAGCCCACUUACCUGUAGUCGUACUUAAGAGCAACAAGUAUUUAACAACGCCCAUGAAUGCAACUUUAGUUCUAAGCAAAAUGGCAAACAUUUCCUUCCACUUCCCAAUGAUUCUUGGAUAAGUUCAAAUAGAAAGAGAAAGAGAUGGGAAGAGCCGGACAGAAAGAGAGAGGAGUAGAGCGGUACUUAUAGGAAUAACAAAUACUUAACAUUUCAGUGCCAAUUUCGAGUUCUGCUCCCCAAGAAAAGAUUGUAAUUAACCAUGUAAGAAUUGUAAACAUUCCUUCCCGUAUCCCAAAUGUAAGCGAGUCGAAGCAUUCCAGAACUAAGUAAUUCAUAAAGUAUUCUAUGUACUAACUAUAUAUAUUUAUAUGCAAACCUAAAAGUGCAGACAACCAUUUGCCAUUAAACUGACAAACCGAACAGAAAACAGAAAUCCAAGCCACUUGAGCCGAUAAUUAACAGCAAUAACACUAAGUUACUAAACAAAGUCUAAUGAAACAAUUAUGUUUAAGCCACUAAAAGCGAAAUAUACACUCAAAUAUUAUGUACUGCACAGUGCGAGCCGCAGCCAUACGGCCACGAAACACACUGUCCGCGAACGACUGAAUCUGUAAUACACCACGAGGCGAGUUUGGUGCUUGAAAAUCGCGCCGCUUCGUCCUGUAAUCGCAACCGCAACCGUAUUCGUAACCCUAUCUUGUAAAUAUAUAACUCGAGCAGGCCGAUUAACUAUUAACAGCAUACACAUAUGUAGCUAUAGCCAUGGCAAUAUAGCAUAUAGCAUACGGAGGAGACGGAGCUUCAUUUACGCCUAAGUUCAUUUAGCACAAUUUCGCGGGCCAUCCGGUUGGUUCUGCAGCUUACUCAUGCGAAAUUAAACAAAAUCAAAGACCGCUUAUCAAGGUCCGACUUGGUUUCCUUUUCAAGUUAGUCGAGCAUUCAAACAAAUUGUGAAAUAGUUAACAGAAACGAGGGGAGUCAACAAAAACAAACAAAUUAUGAGCCAGAAGGAGAUUAAUAAUCACAAGAAUCGUAACAAAAGUGCGCUUCCAGGAGAAUCAGGCGGAAAAACGAAAAAAACACAACCUACAAAAAA